AACGGAAGGUCCCCACUUCCAGGGCCGCCGACUCAAACAAACGCUCCUGCUCGCUCCCAGCUGAGGAAAGGUGCCCUUGGGCUGGUGACAGGGGUCAUCCCCACCUGCCAGCGCUCAUUCCUCUCUUCCACAAGCCCGAGGACUCCCUCUGCUCUACUCCCUCGACCGAGAAGAGGCGAAGCUGUGAGGGCGCCUCCCGUCACCCCCGCACAAAAUGGCGGCGGCAGAGAGGGCGAAGCGGUGAUGUAGCCGCACGCUCGCUUCCCCUCAGCCCGCUGCGAUCAGAGCCCUGUGCCCAGAUCUGAACUGCGGGUGCCAGAUUUGAGGGCUUAACCAAACAUGGAUUUACCUGAGAUUAUCUUGUCGGGAAGCCCUUACUCUUUUUUACCCUGAUACACAUCAGUAUAGGAGGCUGAUUUCUGCAUCGUGUGAGUGCAUUAUCAAAAGGGCUACUACAGGAGGGAGAAAUGAAUACACUGAAAAUAACGUUCCUUAAAAUAUUUUCUAGUGAAUUUCUGAAAAAUUGUGUAGAUAUAUUCUUGCUGCUGCAUUAGAGCAGCAAAGGUGCCUCAAACAAAUUAUAUGUGCUGAAGCAGUACCAAGUAAAGGAUUUGUGAAAUGCAGAAGUGGGUUGCUAUUAUUCUCCCACAGAAAUGCUGCAGCUUACAGUUUGGGACCUGCAUUAGAGAACAGCUUCUGAACAAGUACAUUUAAAAUAAACUGCAGAACUAUCUCAGAAAGACUCAAUUUUGAGCUCGUUCAAAGCCUCAUGCCAUUCAACAAACACUAGAGAGGCAGCGACAGUAAAUAUGUAUUUCCUCAUACAUAAAUAGAUGAAAAGGAGACAUAAAAUUUUCUCAAAUAUUGAUUGAUUUUUAACAUAAAUAAUUUUUAAGCAACUUUUUUGUUUUACUUUCUUGAAAAUAUUAAUUUUUAACUUUCUGUUUCAGAUUUGUAGACAUUGUUUACGUAUGUUCUCCAGUGCUGUGCAAGCCCUGGUCAAUUAAAAGGGUGCAGGAAAGGUUAUAUUCAUUUUUACAGUUCUUUGUAUAGGAGUUUUGUUUUUUUUUUCCCCUUUAUUGUUACUUCUAAUUGCUGAUUAUUUGACUCACAUCAAAACUCUUUAAUAUUACAGUGUGCCAAAACUGGCACCACGUUUAGAUGCUUUCAUCCACCUCUCAUCUAAUGACUGGGCAAAGAGCCAAGGGCAAGAAGCACUUCGUUCCUUCUUCCAACAUGACAGGAUUUUGGCCAGCACAGAGUAACAAAAGAUUUUAUGAUAAACAGCUUAGAAUACAAGCAGGAUUGCUGAUGAACACGUCUGAAAUUAAAUUCUGAAACCACCGAUAUUAUUCACUAGUUUAUAUAAAAAUGGGGACAUUUUUGAGGACUACUCAUUGUAUUCUUACAAUAAAUUCUGAAACCAGAAAACAUUUUUACUUCUUACUAUUAGAGAAUGCCUUCUUCAAUUCUGGCCUCAGGCAAGUUUCCAUCUUAGUUCACAACAUCUGCUUUUAGCUGACCAGACUUUAAAAGUUUAAAGCGAUAAUACAAACAGUUCAUUUUUUUAAGCUAUUUUUUCUUCGAUUCCCUUCCCUAGGUGACAUCUCCCUCAACACACAUACACAAAUCACAUAAAAUAUAUAGCAAAGCAGUCUCUCAACAGCUCUGAGACAGUUUAAUUUUUGAUUUCCCUCAAGCCUAACAUCUGAUCUGCCAUAUGCUUUGAGUCUUUCCAGCUCAUAGAGAUAUAUACUAAGCCAUAAACCUCCAUAUUCUGGAGCAAUGAAACUGAAAAAAAUCAUGAACACCAGACAUUGGUCAGUGAUCCAUAUGACGAUAACAGAGUAAUCCUCAUACUGACCACAAAUUUGUUAGAAGCUUCAGUUUUCUCCAGAACUUAGAAAUUGAACAGAUCAAACAAAUUAAAUGCAGAAAAACAAUGGGACCUAAGAAGAAUGACAGUUGUCAGUAUCCUAUCUUAGUUUCCUUUGUCCAGCUUUAUCCACAGCUUCAGAGAUGUGACAGCAUAAACACUGGUCUCUAAGAAGUACCUCUCCUCGUAACAAAUCACUGUGAAAGCACAAACCAGGUUGCCCAGGUGAGGAAAAUCAGGGGUGAAUUUCUUCUGUUUUGUCCUGCUCACAAGCACUUACUUGGCCCUGCCGUUGCACCCUUGCAGAAACUUAAACACAUAAGUAACUUGACUCAUGAAAGCUAGAGUUACUCAUGUGCAUAAGUGUUUGCAAGAUUGGGUCUUAAGAGAGCUAAAUGCAGCUUCCCCUGGAAGUUGGCAGUGCUGCCCUGCAUGUCAGCCAGAGGGGAUCUCCCAGACUGAUACACAGCGCUGCUCCCCUGGGUCCCAGCGAGCAGGCUGCUACUGCCUUGCCCCUAACAUAUGCUUUCCCAGGAAGCAUAGGUCUUGAACUUUGAUUUUUAUGUGGCUAAAGUAAAAUAUAUUUAGCAUAUGGUUUUUCACGAUGAGUUGGGGAAAACAUUUUUUUAUUCCUAUACUUCUUUACCUUCGUUCCCUGUUUUCACUUUCUUAUCUAUACAUUUUUUCAGACAUGAACUGCUCCUAUGAAACCUGUCAAACAGAAUAGCCACCAAGGACCGUUUUCAUUAUGUACAGUAUUUGCAUCUUACUUCUAAUUAACAAAAGAACCACAUUCCAUAUUUAGAACUCCACCCUGAACAAAUCUCAUCAUGUACAAAUGUCAUUUUAUGUCACUCAGUAUUUAGAGAGUAGCAAUUUUUGCACAUAGACAGAAGAGAUAAUAUUGAGAAUAGAUCUUACAGUUCACAUAGCUGAUAGUUUGUAGUUUUUGUAUGUUUAAUUUGUAGGCUCAGUUGAUAACAUGAGGUACCUACAGAGGAAAUAAAAUGAGAUCACUGCUGCGGGAGCAUUUGCUUCAUGAGAGUGUACUUCCUAGGAGGCAAGUCAUUGAUGCUUCCCUUAACGUAUAUGGAAUCUCCCAUUGAUAAAGUCUAGGUGGAUUCAGAUUUUUAAUAAAUAACAAAUAAAGCUGAAAGUUGUAUCCGCAACCCCUGUUUUGGAAAACAACUGCUAUUUUCAUCUCAUCAGUUCCAGCAGUCUGCUUUUUUUCUUUUAAAGGAGAGGAUAGAAAUAAACAUUUUUGAGACUAGAAAAAUUUGUUGUAGUAAGAGCUUAAUAGAAGAAAAAAGGUACAGCAAAACUCUUAAUUAGCUUUUUUGCUCUAAAUUGUUGUGGAUCAAUGAUAUAUUGAUCCAUGUAACAUCUGGAUGCUGAAUUCUCUGAUGGUUUGUUCACUUUGACAAAAUCCUUGUCAGCAUCAUUUCUUGUUUUGCACUGGAGACUAUGGUACUCUAUUGUGGGAAGAAUGAUUCAGAAGACCCUGAAAAGUAAUACAUCUAUACAUUUCUUCUUUUUCUCUAAUGCAUUAUAAAACUUACAGAUUUCUCCUUCUGGAAUAAUUUUAUCAUUUGUAAAAAAAGUGGAAGCACUUUUAACGAAAAUUAACAUCAUGAAUACUCUAAGUUCUACAGUAAGACCCCUGUUCCUGCACAAAACUUAAGUCAUGUUUGAUUUUUGCAGUGUGAACCUAUUCAUAAUUUUAUCAAACUGGUUCCCUGCAAAAUAGUCUCUUUUGCUCAUGUUUCGAAGUAGUGUGAACUGUUUAUGAAUUUUCAGCUUCGGUAUAGCUUCAGUAAUAAAAAGAAACAGAGCAGUCUCCAAAGAUCAAUCCAAAUCACCAGAUAAAUAGGAAUUUUGAAAAUUGUGUCCAAUUUGUUUAUCUUUCAAAUCUUUAGUUCUACACAUAUUCCCAAACACUACCUGCAGAACAGUUAACUGUGAGUUCUCAUUAUAACCAAAAGCUUGUUAACUUGCAGCUGCUAAUUAAACUGGCAAAAAAACCCAACCCAAGCAUUAUGGAAAGAUUAGGUCCACAAAGUCAGUCAGGAUAUGCAAUUCAUAGGGAAAUAGGAUUUUACCUUGGAAAAGUUGCUCAUACAGACAUUUUAACAUCACUGAGAUAUUUGUCAACAUUAAAGGGAAAGUUUUGAAAAUAUGAGCCUGAUGUAAGAUGAAUUAUUGUAACAUUUUGUUUUUCACAUGGCAUUUUUAUUCAUCCGGAGAGUUUCUGUUUAAUGAGAUUUUUUUUAGUUUGAUAUAUAAUGGCUUCUGGAACAGACUAGAGGUAAGGAGACCUCCAUUCUUGGUGUGACAUCCUGGCCACUUAGCCAUCUGUAUGUCUGAUUCUUUCUCUUGAAAAAGUUUAUGUUUGUGAUUCUGUGUCCAUUUCAUUUUCUCUAGAGGAAAAAAGAAAAAAACAAAUAGCUACUGACCUCUUCAAGAUACUCAUCCACACUCCACUGCCUUCUGAAAAUAAACACAAAGACUUCUAGAGAAGCUGAUCCUACUCACCCCCUCCCUUCCUUGAUCCCAUUUCAUUAGUAAACUUAUUUUGAUUAAGGUCCUGAAACAUACAGACUGUGUUUAAAGAAUCAACAUGAUGCAUGUGUAAGGUGAACUGCAUCGAGCCUGUAUGUUUAACAGCUUGAUGUAGUCAGGUCAAAGACACAUAUGUAUUCUUGAUAAUUCUGAUAGUUCUUACCGUCUUUCCUGAGAUGACAGUCUGCUUACUCAGUUAUUUCUAAUAAUCUUCUGUACUGUAGCUGUGCAGUGCAUUUUAAGUUAGACAGCAAUGAUAUGCCAAUUAAGUUUCUGCAGAGUAUGUCAUCAGAACACACUACAGAUCCUUAGCUUUUUCAAACUAGGCCCGUGUAUACAGAUUUUGUUUGAUCUCUGUUCCAUGUCAGCCUGGUUUUGAAACAAACUGUAACUAGAAGAUAGUUCUUUAUGAUAUGUUAGUUAUCAAGAAUGUAAUCUAUACUGAUAUAGUGGGAAGGAGUUCAUGCAUGAACUGUCACGAUGCAGGCCUUUGAAAGGUGUGAGGAAACCAUACUGCUGUAAAUGCAAAAAGAGGUUGACAUUCUGGUGCACACAAGAAUGGUGUAAGUAUCUAAUAUUAAAGCAUCCAUUAUGUUGAAUACAUCGUAGCUAUUGGUCUCACUGACUUUCUUCUACAUAUCUAUUGCACAAGUCUUGAAAUCACUUGAACAGGAUAUUUUUUCCAGUUUAACCAAAUGUACAUCUAUUUAAAUUUCAGUGAUGUAUAUUUGGUUUGAAAAAUCCUUUUGAAAUAAGCGCAAUUCAAGAUUUGAAAACAGUGUCUUACAUUCUGCUACGCAGUGAGCUGUACAGAUAACUCAGCUUUAAGCUGCAGCACUUGAGGCCAUUCCACCAGUUCUGACACGUUAUCUUCUGAAAAAAAAUAAGAUUAUAUGAGAAGCAGCAGAAUUAAAAGCCUGAAGACAAUCACGUUUAAGAAAUUGUCCAUCACCAGAUGGGUUUGUUCCAAGCAAAGUGCAGACUCCAUAUUGCAGGCCGUCAGGAACAGGUAUUGCAUCAAACUGAACAUGUUCUGGGAAAGUUCCAACUGAGAAGUAAAGGCAGUGACUGAAGCUUAGGGAUUUCUCACCAUCACAGAAACCUUUGAGUUCAAAUUCCCUCUGUACUUUGGCACAAAAUGUUGAAGAUGGUUUACACGCACUCAGCUUAGCCUCAAAGUAACACAACAGCUUCGGUGACAGUGGAGAGCCAGAGAUAUCAACACGUUGCAAAGAAAGAGAAGAACUUCUGUCAAACUACAUUUAUUGAUAAAAAUGGAAGAGGCAGCAAAGAACACUGUUGAAAAAUGCAGUAUGUCGACACAGUACCAAAAGAAACAGAGUUAGAAAUGAAACACUUUUAUAACAAGCUGACUACUGACAACGGUACAGAAAGUAGGUGACAGCAUUUCAAAGUCAAGACAUUCUACAUACUUGUUGAUGUGUUUACAACACAGAUGAAAGAGCAGUUUCAAGAUUUCACAGAGAAAUGCAGGCUGACACAUUGACAUUGAUAAAGUUUUAAAAACAUCUUCUCGUAUAAAACCAUGAAGAAAACUUUGCAAUUUGCAUAUUUAGUCCAGAUAUCACUAAUCAGUCCUGACACUUCUUAAUUCAAGCUAUAUAGAUUUACUAUUUAUUUUUUUUUAAGAUACAAAGAAGGGGACAUAUAUUUAAAUAAAGAUGAAAUGGUCAGUGGAUUGAAGGCUGUAACUACAGAAGAAUAGGGGAUGUCAUAACACUCCGUGCUGACAGCUUUGUGUGCCUUCUUCUGAAGGUGUUUUAUGUGUUUUCUAUUGGAAGAGUCUAUUGAAAAUUGAAAGCCUUAGCUUUCAAUUCUGGGGAAGAUUUGGGAACUUACAGAAAUAAACAAGUUCCUACAAAGCAGAGUAGUUUUCUCCAUUCCCAUUUUUUUUCCAAACAAUGUUGUUACUACAGCACUCACUGAAGAAAUCUUCCUUUUGUGUGAAGCAACUUAAAUAUACGUCUCCCACUUUGAGUGAGAAUUCUUCAGUACUCAGUUAUUGGGUUUUGCGGUCCAGGUUUGCCUCAUCUCUUUGUGGUAAAACGGUCCAAAAUGGUAUGGAAUGAUUAAGCCUUACGUAGAAAGAGUGUGUAUGUGGAAACGACUGCAUGGUUUAGGAAACUCACCUGAGGAUUGGGAGACUCCUCCAGCCAAACCACAGCAUUCCCCUAGGCUAGAAGAGAAUACAGUCUUGUGCUCACUUGUCCAAAUAUUUAAUUCAUGCAAAGGAGCCCAACCAGAUACUCACUGUAAUUAAGCAAAGUAGGUCUAGUGACAUCACUGACAUGUGGUUCACGUUCUCAAGGAGAGACAAAGGGUCAAAUAAAUAUCUAAAAGUGGAAAAUUUGAUCACAUUCUAAUAACUCCAAAUUACAGGAGCAGAUUCUAUGUAGCCUUAAAAAUUGUUUAAUAUGUUGUGAAAUAAAUGGAAAGUUAAGAAUUUCUACCUUAACAAAAUGCUUUUGAAAGUCAUACUAACUUAGAAGAAUUAGUAAGAUCAGGUCAACCUAAACUGCUGUUGUAGCACUGCCAACCUACAAAUAAAAUGAAAUCUAUCAUCUGUCAGUGUCACCUUGUUUUAUCUUGUUUUUCUCUUGGCUUUUGCAGAGCUGGAGUUGUAAGACCAAGGAGGCCAUGUUAAUCUCCAACAUGAGCUCCUGUGUGUAAAAACUCAGGAAAUUUCACCAAGUCACCACCUUUUUAAAACAAUUUUUCCUUUUCCUUCCACCAACUUGUUUUCUCCAAAGCAUGACCUUUGGACUGUAGUCAUGGUCUGAACAUAGACCUUGGAAGUGGAGGGAUUUGAGACAGAAACAUUUCCUUAGGCAGUAGAAGUGGCAACAGCAGGAGUACCAGGGAGAACAAAGCAUUAGGAUAAAUCUCCUCUAAAAAAAAUAAAAUAAAAAUAAAUACAUCACAGUGCUAAGCUAUUCCUCCCAGCUACUACAUACACACAGGGAAGAAUCUUAAUCACCAGCACAUAAGGCAUAGAAUAUAGAUCUUCAGGAAUUUCACCUAAGAGUGAAAUUAUAUAAACCUACCUUAGUCAUUAGAAAUAAUAGUCAUUACAAAAAAUAAUUGUGUGUGAGAAAGAAAUGCACUGAAAUGUUAAGGCAUAAGGCUGGUGCUGAUAAAAUUUUAAAGCACUUAUUUAUGGUGUUGCCUAUCAGCAAACUGCAUCUGACAGCUCUGCUGCUCACAUCUAGCUACUGCUUUCAGGAAUGCCAUAGGAAAGCAAAGAGAAACAAGGCAAUUAUUGUAAUGAAGGCAAGAUCAAUCAGUAAUAAUACAACAAUAACAACUGUGCAAUAGAACAGUGGACAUCAGAUCAGUGGAGGAGAUUUACUCAACAAAAGAACGAGAAAAAAGGGAGAUGGUAGGGAAGGGCUCUGAGAGUGGCUGAGAGACUCCUGGAGGGAGCACCCAGACCAAGAGGACAGGUAAGUAAAAGCUAGUGAAAUACUAAGAUCAGCAAAACGAUGACUCACAUUAAAACAGUGGAACAGAGGAAUAAGAAGUGUGUUUCUGCCUAGAGUUGGUCAGAAAACAGAGUUUUCAUCCAGGUAAAAUUCAGAUACCUCAGACUGUUUUGCUUUUAAAAUACUUCAGUUAUUUCAAGACUUCCCAUCAAAACCUUGGGCAAAGAAGCUGAACAUUCUGAUUACAGUGAAAUUUCAACAGAGCACAGCUUCGCUUCAAAAGCAUUUCAGGGAUUUCUAAUUCAUUCGUAACUGUCUUGUAGAAAAAAAAAGAAGGUAUUCAAAUGAGAUUUUGAAGGUAUAGAACUCCUUUAUUGAUUUCAGUUACAUUUUUGCAACAUCUACAAUUUUCCUAGUUUAAGUUUUAUAGUGGAAACCCUGGCAGUUGUUUGCUGCCAUCGUAAAAGCAAGCCAUCUUUUUACCAUCAUGAUUUCUACAGCUAGAGAGUAUGCAGCAUCUACCUGAAGCCACAGGUAGUUGAAAUUUGCAUGAAAUGGUAUUUUUAUAUCAUGUUUUGACAUUAUAGAAAAAACUGUUGGCUGCAUGUCUGAAAAGGAUUAGAAAAGCACCAUGCCCCUAUUAAACCAGGGACUGGGGCUUGCUACUUACCCAAUUUCUGUUGAGUAUUUGUGACAUUUCAAAUAACUGCAGUUUUAAACAUCAAAACUCACAUGAAAUAUCUACAGAAAUACUGGAGAAUAGAGCAAAAAAACUGAUACUAAACACAAAAGGACAUACUGCAUUUCAUUACUAUGAUUGCUGUUUUAAAGCAAGCUUUUAGGUUAAUAAUCUACCAGAUCUUAGAAAAAGAGACAAUACUUCUGUCACACACAUCCAAUUUCUCUGGCUUAAAACGAACUCCUUUCAAAGAAGUUAACAGUUAAUACUGCUAAGGGAUUUUUACCCUGUUGCAAAGCUGUCUAGUUCUAAAACACUGGCUGGAAAUAGGACUUCAAGGCAGUGGAGGGAAGCAUAAGCUGAGUUCAGGAGCUUUCUGUGAUUCUGAAUCCAUUGAAUCAUUAGUACUUCUGAAACUCAAGAAAACUGGGUAUUGUAUAAAAUAGCUGGAGGGAGCAGCUUCAGAACAUUAAAAUACAGUCCACAGGCAAUCUUCUAAAAGAACUCCUCUUUCCAUAGUUCUGUCCUCCUUUUUAAUAUUUUAAGCUAGAUGCCUUAAGUGAUAUAUGUAUUACUUUCCUUUCAGUAUGAAAUCCCUAUCUUUGAUGGGCUGCUUUGGUCUCGGGGCCCCAGUGCUGCUGUCUGCUGGGGGCUCCACGAGCUUCUCAGCCUGCUGGGAUUCAGCACACCUCAGCCAGGCCUGCUGGAGUGGCGUACGGCACAGCUUCCUUUGUAUGUAUUUCUUUGUUCCUCUGUGUAGGGCUAUGAAACAGUUUUCUUAGGAGCUGCAACCCUUUGUUCUUGCAUGGGUAGCUCUUCAGAACUGGAAGCAUGGUAGACAAAUGGAAAACAACAAGUAUACUGUUGUUACUUUUCGUUAAUGAGUGAACUGAGGGUUUAAUGCUACUUCUGUUAUGGAGAUUUAAACAAGCAGUAAAUACAGCAUUGUCUAUAAUACUAAAGUAAUGUGCAAUAAAUGUGUAAGGAGUAGCAGAAGCCCAGAGUUUUGGGGAAAGGAGUUUUUUUUUUUAUUUCUUAAAUUCCAGAGGUUAGAAGCAAAGUUCCCUGGGGGUUGGAGCUUUAAAAAUAAUAUAAGUGCUGGAAGUAUAAAAGAUGCAGUAAAAAAGGGUUUCAAGGCAAGUCUGUUUUUCUGCUCAUUCGUUCUGGGAGCAGAUUUUAUUCUUUGCUCCUUUUUGCACCACUGAUGCCAAAACAUGGAAAACAGGAAUACUGACAAUGUGAAAAAGCAAAACAAAACCCAACACGUAAAUGAGGAUCAAUAGGUGGAACGUGCCUAGAAUUCAUAGACUUUAAAAAUGCAUAAAAUAAUACACUAGUCAAGCAAGAGUCUGCAGUAUCUUGUUUUCCCCAAAUGAUGCUUAAUUUAAAGAGUUUAAUUUUCCUAAAGCAGAACACAGACUUGAAACAGAGAAAUGUUUGCACAUGGAAGGUGCACAGAAGAAACCUGCAGUAUCUGAAGGACCACAAUAGUAACAACAGUGGAAAAGUGAAAUUACAAUUGCCUAGAAACAGUGUAAGACAAUGAAAACGUAGCUCUGUGCACUGAUUAAAGAAAAAAAAAAAAAGGCAAGAAAGCUUGCAUGCGCAUUGUUAGAUCAUAUUGAAAGUGACAUUGUGCUAAAAGGAUUCAGCCAAAGAAGUUGCACCAGUGUAAGCUAGGGCAGAAUCGGGUCCUAUCACAUAUAUUAUACAUGCGCUGCUUGUUCUCUUCUUUUGUUCUGUUCUAUUCUGACCUAAUAGCUGUCUCCCUUGUCUGCGAUGCCAACUUCAUCCUUGACCCCAACUAGCUUCCUUUUCCCGUGUACUACUACUUUCAUUGCUUUGUCCAUCUGUUUUUCUACCAUAGUUCCAUCCUCAUUUUAAUCUCCCAUUAAGAAAUCUAUUGAAGGUAUCAUCAGAUCUAUCUGCAUUCCUAAUGCGAGAUGUUUAUAUUUUGACUUCAUUGUUUCCCAGUAUAAGUACACAGUAGAAACUCUGAAAUAAAUCAAUUGAAGGCAAAUUUUAAUGUAAAAAUGACUUUUUUUUUUUUUUUUUUUUUAUCCUCAGCUAUCUCCACAGGCUCUUCACUGAUUUCAGGAUCUAUUCAAAGUUUUACCUUGUUUUCCUCCAAGGAUUUUCUCCAGACUCCCCUUUAGAUAAAAGGUUUGACUUUCCACCUUUCCUUAGGAAGAAACUCUCAUCAGAGCCCUGUGGACACCAAACACUAUCAAGUAAGGCUGUGUUACAUACACAGUAUGUACUGCUUUGCAUUGCAUAUAUACAAAUACAGAUAAAGUCAGAAGAGAAUAAGUUCCCACUGGCCAGUACCAGCAAAAGCACCCUGGGAUAAACAAACCACUCACAACACAGAGUAUCCUUAACUGUGUCUGAGGGGUAGAUUUUAGGUAAAAGCAAAAGGAAAUUGGGUUUUCAAAUGCGAGAGGGACUGUUUAGGACACAAAGCCUGUGGCUACAAGAAGACUGAACAUAGUAGGGAUUGUGAUGGAAUAACCUCUCAGCCUUUCUUCUGGCAUGAAAGACAGCGUUCAUAGGGAAGCGGAGCAUUGCAGUUGCCUUAUUUCUUUGCCUUACUCAUAAGACAGCCUGCUAAGUUGUGGGCUUCCACAACAGCCUCAAGAUCCUUGUAACUAGGACAAACAUGAAGACUCCUCAGCUUUCCCCAGCAACUACCAAAUUAACACCAUAAUCUUCUAGUGAUUUUUCCCUGAUUAGCGCUAUUCUCCAUUCUGUCAUUUGUUAGUUUUACUGACAUUGUUUAAGAAAUUGCUCCAAGCUGCUUUUGCUGUCUAAAAAAAAAAUUUUAAAUCCUCCCAUCAAAAAAUUUUGAUCCUUCCAUGUAAUCCUACUCAUUUCCAAUUUCUUAUGAAACCUUGUAGGAUAAUACCUAUUUCUGAAUGAUUCCUUUUAUUUUGCUAAAAAUUCAAUUUAGCAGAGUGACAGUAAGAACAGGUGAUCAGUAUGACAGCAAGCAACACCUGAGGAAUACACAGAAGAAGUGACAGUUUAUUACCAAAUUUGUACAAAACCAGUGACAUCUCAACACCUUGCUUGCGUGGAGCAUGUGUGGCUAGCCACAUAGCUGACAAUUCUCAUGUACAACAUAUGAUCAGCCCCCAUUUCCUCACUCAUUUUUCUUUCAGGAACACUAGUAGGAAGACCAUUUUUUGGUAGACAAAAGAAUGGAAGUAUUCAUUUUUGUGGUUUAACCUGGCAGGUAGUUACACACCAUGCAGCCAUGGGAUGGAUGAGAGUAUGGAAAAGGGGAAAAAGGAAAGAGGAGGAGAACUCAUCAGCUGAGAUAAAGGCACUUAUACGAUAAAUAUUAAAACAACACAACCAAUCAUUACAAAAAAAAAGAAACAAAAACAAACCAAUGACACACAAACAGGAAAAAAACCAACACAAAAACAAAUGAGUAAGUAAUGUGUUAGCAAUUGAUGCACAAGGCAAUUGUUGACCUCCAGCCAAGCCAUGCCAAGCCAGGCCCCAAGCAGCAGUGGCGGCAGCCACUCCAGUCAUUGCCAAUGCCAUAUGUAUGGACUCAUACUACUCUUCAGUACUCGUACUACUACUUCAGUAGUCUGAGGCCAUCUGAUCUGUUUGUGCCAGGGCAGUGAGCUUGCUGGCAGGGCAGCAUCAGAAGCAGAGAAGCCCUUGACUAGGUACAAGCGCCGCUCAGCAACAACUAACACACUGGUGUUACCAACAUUAUUGUCAUCUGAAAACCAAAACACAGCACCAUGCCAGCUACUAGGAAGAAAACUGACUCUAUCCCUGCUGAAACCAGAAUGCUCAUGAAUUCAUUCCAGUUAUCUUACCAUUCGAUAUUUUGGAAAUGUCUGUUGGAUAACAAUAUUUCACCUCCCAGAGGUAAGUGCUUGGGCUUUGCUUCCUUCUCAAACAGCGACAUUAUUUUUGAUCCAUUUAACUCAUCACCUCCAUGUUUUGUAGCUAUAUUAGGAAGCAGUUGCAUAACGAGCUCACACGUUUCUGUAGCUAUGCCAUAUGGUCCUGUGGUUUGCAGACUGAAGAACAAAAAUAAAAAUUGAAAUGCAAUCAUCCAAAUUCUGCCCACAAAGCAGAACACGUGCAAGCCAAACACUAUCUGGAAAACGGCUACACCAAAUUGCAGUAUUAAAAUAUUUCCUCACAGAGGACAUGACGGAAAACCACAAAGUCCUAAAAUGGGAUUCUGACUUGAGGAAAUGUAGGAGGACACUUGAAAAACAAACAAACAAAAAACCCACUAAUGUACUACAUACUGCCCCUCAAAAACAUAACAGAAAGCAAACAACCAGUUACAGGCAAGGCGACAUGACAACAAUAAGGUUUUCCAGAUGAGUUUCUGCUGCUUAGAGAAGCAUUAAAGACUUACAGCAUUUGAGGGUUCAAAAAGCUUGUUUUUAAAUGACUGUCCCACCGGAUACAGUCAUCUUUGCUGCUUUGUACUUUCCCUGAUGUUCCUGGAGAGCACUUGUCUGCCACUUCAUCUGAUAGAGACUUACCACACGGAGAAAUAGAAAGAGCUGUUUCACAUGCUCCAGCUCCCAAGUGCAUGUGCACUGUGUACUUGUAGCGAGUGUACUCUUAGAAGAGUGGCAAAGGACAGCUCUGCAUGGUACUGAACUGAGGUGUGCACCUAAUUGCUGGUCACCGUGAAGAAGCCUGACACCCUGAGCCGAUGGUGGAAGCGUUCAGCUGCCUGUCGGAAAUCCCAAGCCUUCCCUCACCUUGCAAGUUUCUCCACUGAAAUAAUAACAGAGCUGAAAGAAUCCGAGGAUUUGGACUUACUUAUUUUCUAACCAUAGGCUGCCUAUUUUGACAUUUCUAUAUGUUUGGGAUGGCAACAAGGAGGUGGGCAGAAGAAACCAAACAGGAUUCUCACACCAUUGUAUUGCUGGCCAUGUACUGGAGGCUGAAAAAAGGAUUUCUGCAGCAUUCUAACACAAAGCUAUGGCUGUCUCACAAGACAGAAGCUGCAAUAAACUUCAAUGUUUUCCUGUGCCAGCCUGGAGAAGUUACCACUUUUUCACGUAAUUAGCAAAGUCAGUUCUUGCACCUUUCCAUAUAAAAAGAAAACCAAUUUCGUUGCUGUGAUUACUUGUAGCUGAGAGUACAAGAAAGAAGAAAAAUAUCAGACAAUUUUCUUGAAAAAUAAAUGAAUCAGUCAAGUUGCUGAAAACUACUCACAAGAGAAUUCAUCCUUGAAAUUUAAUAUAGAAUAAGCUCGGCUGUGCACCAGUGCACACUUUAAAUAAUGCUUUUCCAAGACAUGUUAUCCUCUCCCUUUAAUGAAAGAAAAAAAAAAAAAAACAGAAAAGAAAAGAAAAAAAAGGAACAAUAGGCUACAUAUCUACAUAUCUAAGUUCAACAGCUGUCACCUCCGCAGCCAUGCACUGCGGUAGUACGGGAGACUUAAAGGUAUGACUACAAUGGUAUGAGUACUUAAAGGUAUGAAUAUAAUGAGUAUGAACACAUUGCAAGAAAUUAACUGCUUUUCGCAGAUUUUAGUAUUGUUACCCCAAGGAGAAAACAAAGUAGUGACAGAAGAAUGCUGUAAGUAUAUGACAAUCUGCACUGAUAGCUGUUCUGAUUUACUGCUGCACUGGGAGAUCUUACAAUCAUGUUAUUUAGUUGCCUCGACCAGGGCUUCAGGUUCCCAAUGUAAAUUUCUAUAUUUGCCUUUUGGCAAAAGGAGCUGGGAAUGUGAAUCGUGAACACAUACAACUACACACAGAUGCCAGGCUGGAAACACAGAUGCCAAGAGCUACCUAUAAAGAGUGCUUUCACAGAGAGCCUCUUGUAUACAUUACCUGUACAAGAGAAGUACCGGAGAAGCAGGAUGGUGGUCACUGGAUUUCUUCCUCAAGAAAAUUCAACAAUCAUUACCUCUGUGUCAGGGCACACAGAAAGGCAGCAGCUCCACUGGUGGCAGUAAGGAGGGAUGCUGGGGUCGGGCAGGGCAGGACCCAUUCCAGCACCACAGCUGGGAGCAGGGCAGAGAGAGUCCUGGGAAGCCAAGGCAGCCCUGGCACCCAUCUGGCACCUCCCUGGGGUUGCAACAGCCCAAGGUUGGGGCAGGAUGCCAGGACCCAAGUCCUGUCCAGCUUAGAGCAGUAGCUCAAGUGGAGUACUGGGCAGCGAGCUGGGACUAAUCAUGGCCCAUCAGUGCCUUCUGGACCCUAGCAAGUCUGAAUAUCUUCAGCCACUUCAAAAUAGCUUUGGAAUGAGGGAAAAAAAAAAAUUAAUAAUAAAAGUCAUCCUAACGAUGUCCCUGGCUUUCCUCCCUUUGGAGAGCUAGGAGUAGAAAUCCCAUCAAUCUCAGUAGUGCAAAUCAGCACCUAUCCCCCACAAGGAGAGGAAAAAAAAAAAAAAAAAAAAAGGAACUGUCUCUAAGUUUUUGGAUCAGUAGCUUACCCCUCACACUCCAGCCUACAAAAUGAUUUAAUGUGCAGAAGAACACUCACACUGCAACAUUCCGCAUUUACACUUUCAGUGGAUGAAAUGUAACCAAAUACUGUAGGUACAUUUUCUGAGUUUGCCUGAACUUUUGCUUCCAACCUUAUCAGAAUACUGCCAUAGUCUACAGCUCUACUUUCUAGAUGAUUUACAAGGUUGUUCUUUUUCCCCUCAAUUUUCAGCCACACAUGAUCAAACCCACCAAAAUUAGCAUGCACUUCAAGAUUCCUUUUUCCUUUCCUUUUUUUGCAAAUAAAGCUUCUUAAGAAUUAGAAUUUGUGCCUGUUUUCAAAGAGAAUUUUUUUGUCUUAUCAAAUGUUUGUAGACCUCAAAAGUUACUCUUUUGGCUACAAAGCUGUCACAGACAACCCAGCAAAACAGAUGUUUAUACUUACUUACACUACUCUGUGGUCUGAUUCCGCUUAUUGUAAGUAAUACCAUGAACAGGCAGCAAAUACGUAUUGUUGAAAGAAUAAUGGCAUUCUUCUGCCUUAAUACUUCAGCUAGCAUUCAACACGGAGAGGGAUAAAGAAUCUCCAGGAAAAAAAAAGUUAAGCAUAGCAUCUUCAAAAUAAAAACAAACUCCAGAAAUGAAAGCUAUCAAACUACAAUUAUUCAUUCUUCAAAAAAUAACAAAGUGAGUACUUUAGAUUUAGCACUUUCAGAACUUAUUCAAUGUUAUCAAAACAGCAUUAAAGCCUGCGGUUGGACUGGAUGAUCCUGUGGGUCUUUUCCAACCUUAGCAUUUCUAUGUGUAACGCAAUGGGAAGUGCAGCAACGACAGCAGAGCAGCAAGGUCCUAGGCUUCAACAUGUGAGGACUUGCUCAAAUGCAACAGCUGUAGUCACAGAAACAAAGGAAAGAAGCUACUUACCUUUAGAAGGCUUCAAGUAUGCAGAGAUCUCCAGUGACAUACCCUUACUUCCACUGCCAACCCUUAAAUGAGGGCUGGGAAGGAAAGGAUCCUGGCUCUACCCCUUCUGGUCACUCAGGGGUAUUGCUUGCACCCGAGCUCCCCUGGGUUGGCGCUGCCUUCCCCCACCAGGUGUUCAGUCACUGCUUCAGGCUGUGACUCAGCAUUUCUGCUACAACAGGCUAGCAUAAAAAGUCUUUUUUUGAACUUCUUAAAAAGAUCAUGUGUAGAAUGGAUCAGAAUUGAUGUAUGAUUACGUUUUGCUCUGACUAGCAUUAGGUAUCCCCAUCACAGCUGUGUGUAGGUAAACGUUUUCAGAACAUCUAUUGUCUCACUGACUCUGUCAGCCAAUACAGUAUCCUUCAGAGUAGCUGCAAGUCAUUACUAAGGAACGCUCACUGCUGCUUUUCUAAACACACAUGCCUACCUAGCACACACAAUUCAGUGCCUUCAGGAAGGUUACAUAUACUUAAAGUUAACUGCACAGUGAAGUGCUUGGUUGGAUGAAGUUCAAUGCAGCUCACAAAUCCUUAUUUCAAAUGCAAAAUAAAUUAUUUUCAUAUACAUGUCUGUUUUUUUACAGGUUAACUUUUCAGUCUUGAUAUUUUUGAGAUGUUGAGAGGCUUCCACAAGAUGUGCUCCAUGGUUUUGUUUCCACAGAAACACAAAAUUCAAUGCGUAUCUAAUAUCACAAUGACAAAAUCCAGUUUUUCCCACAAAGCAUGUUCAGCUCUUGACACAGACUUAGGCAGCUUAGAUUUACUGGACUACUUCUAAUUUGCAGUAGUUUUGCUACAGCAUAUUUCAGACGUACAGGAAAGGAGACUAAAAUUCUGCUUGGAUUACAGCAUAUAGUGAUAAAAUGAAACAAAACUCUAAGGGCUGAACUAUAAUACUCAGCAGGUAUUUCCCUUCUGGAGUUUUUCCCUUAAAUUUUCAUUGGUUUAGGUCAUAUAUAGGCAUUCAGGUACUACUGUAUAAUAGAAUUGGACAGCUCAUAUCUGCAUUGUUCUCUGUAUCUCAUACUUCAAAACUCCAAGGAGAAUUCAGUGUCAGUAUUUCAAAAAGUGCCUAUUUAAAAUGCAGUAUAAAUACCUAGCCCUGACAAAGCAAUUUACACAAAUUUCACUUGGCCUCUUUAGCCUGAUUUUGCUGAAGAAAACACCUGAGUUCCUAACGUCCCCCUGGUGUACACUUGAAGAGGCUGAUAUCUUGACUAAGUAGAGCAUCAGGUCAUCUCUGCUCUACAUAAAUCUAUCAGGAGGCUGCAAACCUGGCUGUCCCAUAGCCUUGUUUCAGUGGCAGGGCUCAGCCCCACAGGCAGCCUAGCCCCAUUCACAGCUCUGGUGGAUUUGAGUUCACCUUUGGAGUAUUCUGACCAUGAUCUGUACCUGAAGGGAAAAUUAAAUGCUGAUGGUUUAAAGACCAGACAGCUUCAGGCUCUGCACUGUAAUAUAUAUGCAGCUAUGCUAGGUCUGCACACCAGCACCUCUGCACAGAAGAGAAUGUUUUCACCACAUUAGUCUUUCUUAGGCAUAUUUUCAUUACUCAAAAUUAUUUCAGUAUGUAUGGUAACACAAAGGUAUUAAAUUGCUUUGUUCCUUUCAUACGCAGUUCUUGGAACACAGUGAUGGGGACUGGGUUUAGUCCAUUUCCCAGAAAGUGCCUCUACCAAGAAGAAACGCACCAAGAAAAGUGUAUUUCAUCUGUAUAACCCAAUGUUUCAAUUACAAUCAUAUAAUAUCUAAUUAUGUUCUCCAUAAAUCUUUAUAUUUUGUUAUGAAGCUCAUAAUAACGAAAUCUGAUAAAUAGAUUCUCUCCCGGCCACUACCAAUUGAGUAGAAAAAAUACUUAUUUAUGAAGUUUUAUUAAUAAAAUGUGAAUAAUUCAAACAGCUUCUUCAGUGAAGAAACAGCAGUAGAGUAUACUCUUAUUUGCAUAUAAAUGAAAUGAUGCUUUAGUGUCAGAGUGAAGAAUUAAAUAAUAUGAAUUCUUACAGUGCAAUCCUGACAGCCUCAUAAAUAUCAUGGUCAUAAGUUGCAGUUUCCUAAAAUCUCAUUUUAUCUUUUAUUACAAAAAUAUGACCAAAGGGCCAAGUCCUUCUCAUUUUACAUGUGUGAGUAUUCCCAAUGACAACAUAAUUAUGCAGUAAGUGAGGUUACCAGAUUCAGCUUUAUGUCAGAUAAAGGAGCAAAAGCACAGUGUUAUUGACGUAUCUAUUAGGAGAACAGAAUCUCUCGUUUAACUAUUAAAAAAGCAGCACCUUAUGUGCUGGUGAAAUGUAGAAAACAACAAUGACAACUGUAACCCUACUUGCAAACAGAUGUUUCACGGAACGAUAAUAUAUAAUACAGGGAAAAGAAAAGCACUCAGUUUAAUAUUCAUAAGAUGCCAGUUUUCCCCUUAGCCACAUAGGUACCAUUUUGGCCAGGCACUGUAUUCCUGUUAAGCUGUAAGCAGUCACAGAAGUUGCAGCACAUACAAGAACAUUCAAAUUACUUUAAAUGGAUAGCUGCUGUCAAAGAGAGCUUUAAUUUUGUCUAAAAGUUGAAAAAGUCUCUGAAGCAUCACUCCAGACCAGCUACAUUGCUUUGCUUUUGGCUGUAGUCUCAGUCAUUUGCUGAGGCAAGGCUGUUGAGCUGACCUUGUAACAGACUGCAGUAGCAGAGCAUGGAAGGAUGAGAUCUGGGUAGAGAGAGCUCAGCUGGACAAAGUGCAUUCUUCUAAGUGGCAAAUAAAGGUAAUGGCUGGAGACUCUCCUUGAAGUGCUCUGAGAGAUAUUGAGUAAUGUGGGACAAAAAGUGGGUGCAGUCAUCUCCCCUUUACCUACAAUUUUUCUUUCCCAUCCCACAGCACAGUGCUGAGCAAGUGGGACAAGGCAGUCAAAGAUGGAAAAGGCAUACAAAGAAAGGAAAGACAGAUGUGGGGCGGUAGUAAGAAAGAAUUAUUUAUUGAGUUCGUGGAGAGCUUGUAAAUACAGACAUUUAUUUAUUAAAUAUAGAAAAGAUAAAGACAUCAAAUGCCAAGAAAUCCGCCACAGCCCUUACCUGUUUCUUUUCAAGAACUAAUUAUUGCUAGCGGUACUGAACUGAGUACCACGCUAUUUGAACUUGCUUGAUUCCAGCUACCAGGCAUUACUCCCCCCUACACCACUUCUUAGUAGAUUUAAAGGGCCCUAACAUUCAAUAUUUCUUUCUGUGCGUGUAUGUAUACACUAUUGUAAACUCAACUUUCAAUCUUUUUGGUAGUUAGGAUUUUUAGUUCUUCAAUUACAUAGUAUUUUCUCUGACAGGUCUUUCUUGUACUCAUUUCAUUUUUCUGGUAUCCAUCUUGCAGAGCCAUGUACAUUAUGCUUGAAUAACCUUCACAAUUUGUAUAUACAUGUAAAAAAUGCCACCAUUAACAUCUGCACUCUGUCAGGUUUGCAUGGAUCCUUUUUGCUACAUCACACUGGGAACUUGUGUUCAGUUACUUGCCAGUUGACUUACUGACCCUCUUCAAACUUUUCCAUUGUAUAGGAUAACCUGUGAUUAUUUAUUCUUAGGUAUAUGUCUUUUACCAACCUUAUUAAAACAUACUUUAUUCGAAUGGGACCUAGUUUAUGAAAGGUCAAGAAUUCCUCUGCAUCUUUGCCCGGGGUAAUUUUUAUGUCUAUUUUUAACUCUCUCUAAAUAGACUGUAGAAGCUGCUAUAUUCUAGUAUAUUUUCUGACACCACAAUAUUUCUUGACAUUUUAGAUAGUUCUAACUGAUCAGAAAAUACUUGCAUAGACAGUCAUUGCCACAUCCAAGUGCAUUAUUCUAGGGCUCCCUAGCAUCACAAAAUACUCAUUUGCAUGUGAGAGCAAAGCCGGCAAUCUCAGCUUUCAUGUAAAAUGGUUAAGGUAUGGAAAUGGAAAAUGAAAAACAGAAAGAAAAAAAUGUAGUCCCAUGGUUUUCAAAUCAAUCUCUUCAUGUUAGUGCAAGACUCAUGAGUCCUGAAUGAUUGAAUUUGACAGUAUUCCUAAAGGGCACAAUAGCAUGAAGAGAUUUGUCUCAACCUGGUGCUAAAGAGAGAAAAUUCUGCCAUAGAAUCAUGUUGCUUGACAAUAAGAGGAAUUAAGCUAGGAAAUAUGACAUUUAGGCUAAUGAAGAUUGAAUAACACAUUCAACAGCCUAUAUUAACAUUAAAACGUACAUACUGGUGCACAUAUAUGUUGCCAGGGCAGUACUUGUACCUGUACUUGUAAUAUACUAGUAGUAUACUAAGUAGUUUCUAGUUUCUCACUCUGAGUUUCUAAUUUAUGAGUAAAUACUUUUGACACAAGUGGGAUGUAAAGAUCUCCUAUCUCUGUCUGUGCUGGAAACAUUAAUCAGUUACCUUUUUGGGAUCUUCUCUUCGAGACUGAAGAACAGUACAAGAACAAGGAGACUUAUGCUAGCUUAUCUGACCUAAGAAGAGGUUAAUAGCUGGCAUCAACACAGACUAUUUUAGAUCUGUCAACAACAAAAAAAUUGAUUCACCUGCAGAUUCUGGCAGCAGUGGAUGCAGUCUCACAGCAAGGUUUUGAUCCUUUCUUGGAGAGCUCCCAGAGGUUGGCUUUGGCAAUUGCUUGUCAGCCUUAAGCAACGUUCUUCUCGGGCCUGGGUUGUCAUUUGGCUUCAUCUUACAGAUCCAACCUAGAGAUAAAGCCACAAAGAGGAGACAGUUCAGCAGUUUGACUUGUAGAGCAUUAGACAUGCUGCUUUGUUUGUCAUAUUUGGCUGAUGCAAUUUCUUCUCUUUUGUUCUGAGAAGUUUUGCCUUAGUACAUUGUUAGAACUGGAAAUUCAGUGUUGAAUGAGAAGAUAGAGGCUUCUCUGCCCCAACAGCAAAGAAGGAAAGGGAUUUCUGCUUUCCCAAGCCAGCGCAGAAGGAGUGUUUCUCAUGCCUUAGCAAAGUUUUGUGAUGGAGACAGAGUCCAAGUCUCACUGUGAUGAACAGCACCCUCACCAGGCUGAAGACACAAGCAGAAAGCACAUGCAGAGCAGCAAGCUUUCAGCAGGAAUAAAAAAAGAUAUUGAAAAACUUUAUGAAGCAGUGCCACAGCUUGUAAAUGUGUUCAAAAUUAAGGAAAAAAUUGGAGAAGGUACUUUUAGCUCUGUUUAUUUGGCCACAGCGCAACUGCAAACUGGAUGUGAAGAAAAAAUGGCUCUGAAGCACUUGAUUCCAACCAGUCACCCUCUGCGAAUUGCUGCUGAACUUCAGUGCCUCACAGUAGCAGGGGGACAAGAUAACGUUAUGGGAGUGAAAUACUGCUUUAGGAAAAAUGAUCACGUGGUUAUUGUUAUGCCAUAUCUGGAACAUGAAUCCUUCUUGGACAUUUUGAAUUCUCUCUCCUUUGAAGAAGUGAAAGAAUACAUGUUUAAUCUGUUUAAAGCAUUGAGGCGCAUUCAUCACUUUGGUAUUGUUCAUCGUGACGUCAAACCCAGUAACUUUCUCUACAACAGGAGGCUGAAGCAGUAUGCUUUGGUAGAUUUUGGCUUGGCACAAGGAACUCCUGAUACAAAAAUUGAACUUCUCAAAACUGCCCAUUCUGAAGGCCAGCAGGGAAGUUACUCACAAAGUAAUCCCAACAUAGCCUUGGGAAAUGGGGUUUCUGUCGGUGUCACAGCACCUAAACAGAUUGCUCAACAGUUAGCGUCAAGAGCAACUGAUAAAAGCUCACACUCCAGCUCACACUCAAAAAUACAGAUUAAACAAGGAAGAGGAGGAAAGGAGGAUUCUGUGCACCAUUCUGCCCAACGCUCUGUCUUUGGAGAGAGGAAUUUCAACAUCUAUUGUUCCACAUACCAGGAGAAUUUAAAUACAAAACUCAUUAAACAAUCAAAGAUGAUAGACGUUUCAUCUAGGAAGUUAAUAACGAAGAAGAAGAUUAUUUCUACCAAAGCAGUGAGCAAUGGGAUGGGCAGAAAAGCUGCCAGUGGUUGUCCAUCAAACCUGACCUGUAACUGUUACGCAACGGACAGAGUUUGCAGUGUUUGCCUUUCAAGGUGUCAACAAGUUGCUCCCAGAGCAGGAACACCUGGGUUCAGAGCACCAGAAGUACUGACAAAGUGCCCCACUCAGACAACAGCAAUUGAUAUGUGGUCUGCAGGAAUUGUAUUCCUUUCUCUGCUCAGUGGACGGUAUCCAUUUUACAAAGCAAGCGAUGAUUUAACUGCUUUGGCACAAAUCAUGACAGUUCGUGGAUCUCGAGAAACCAUUCAGGCUGCUAAAACUUUUGGUAAAUCAGUUCUGUGUACCCAAGUUGUCCCAGCUCAAAACUUACGAACCCUCUGUGAGAAGCUGAGAGGAACAAAUGGCAGCUGUAACAGAUCCCAUGGUGACGCGCCCAGCAAAUCUGGAGACGAAUCAGCUUUGCCAGUUGAAGCAGACAAACAAUGUGCUCCUGUGACACUCAGAAAAGAAAUUCAACACUUAAAGAGCUGUCAGGAAGAUGAUGGUGCUUCAGAAAAUAAGGCAGCAGACAUGAAAGGAUGGGAUCAGGUUCCUGAUGAAGCAUAUGACCUACUUGAUAAGCUACUAGACUUAAACCCUGCAACAAGAAUAACUGCAAAAGAUGCUUUGCUGCAUCCCUUUUUUAAAGACAUGAGACUAUGAGAACGUGCUCUGUUUGUGCUUUUGUACAUUUUACGUGCAAAUGAGAUACUGAAGGAGUUUUAAUCCGUUGCCCUUACACUCAGUGAAGUACCAUUACACUGCACAGCACUACUGGAAUUGUCUCACAGGUGGACUGCAAAUGUGACUUCUUAAAAAAAUGCUUACGGAUGUAAAUAUUACAUAAACAUUACUAACGUGGUGAAAUCCUAAGAUGCUUCUGAGGUGUUAUUACUGUGCAUACCUGUUCUGUAAGAAAAUUAACUGUGAUUUAAAACUAAAGAGUUUCUCACACUAAGAUUAAUUCUCAAGGUACUCUCUCAAAACACAGAAAUCUGCAUUAAGGUAUGACUGAAAUGAAAAAGUGCUCGAGUGAUUAUUGCCCAUAAUUGCAUACCCCUGCUUUGUUCCUAAUUAGUACCUGGGAGACUAAAGUGCACUAAUUUUGUUCAGAUGGUUUUCGGAGAACAGUUUUACUUUGUGAGUGUUGCUGAAACAGAGGCCAGAUAGUGCAGGUUUUAUCAUCAAAACAAAAGGAACACUGUCUUAAAAGUUCUGUUUCUUCCUACUAAGGCAGUAGUGAUAAAUGCAGUUACUCAUUUUGCGUAGCCUGGAUUUCUUCUAUGCCAUUGGUAGCUGUCAGUACACAACUGUUGCCUUCAGAAUGUCUUGUGUGACAUGUAUGUGUUUGAUUUCUGUUAUGGAAGCUGAUUUUCACAGAGCAUCUUUUAAAUAAAGGAUUUGUUUUUAUAACUUCA